GCGAGUCCUCCUUUUUUGCACACACACGAAUACAAAGAGCCAUACGACCUUCGGGUAUCCUUUUUCCAUUUUUUUUUUCCCCUCCUUCAUCUUGUGUGCGUUUUCAGAUUUUUUUUUUUUUAAAAUAGAGAUCUGUGGCAGUGCUGGGUGAAGGCCGUGUGGCACCAGUGUGCCGUGUGGUUAGGGAGCGCAGGACUCGUCAACAGAAGGCUGAGGACAAGCAACCAUGGACUGUGUGUGUUUUCACCUGCCAGCCUCCGCAGAUCCCGCAGCCUGGAGCCCCAGCACUUCUGACCACCUUCCAUGAGAAAGGAAAGUGAAUCUCGAGGCUAGUGCUUCCCUGGCCAAAGCCAGUUCCCUGGAACACUCGUGGAGCCGUCCGGCAGUGUGCGCCCGGUUCUCUGGAACAAUUGUGAUUGUGCACCCGGUUCUCUGGAACAAUUGUGAUUGUGCACCCGGUCCUCUGGAACAAUUGUGAUUGUGCACCCGGUCCUCUGGAACAAUUGUGAUUGUGCACCCGGUUCUCUGGAACAAUUGUGAUUGUGCACCCGGUCCUCUGGAACAAUUGUGAUUGUGCACCCAGUUCUCUGGAACAAUUGUGAUUGUGCGCCCGGUUCUCUGGAACAAUUGUGAUUGUGCACCCGGUCCUCUGGAACACUCGUGAAGCCGUCCGGCAGCGUGCACCCGGUUAUCUGGAACACGUGUGAAGCCGUCCGGCAGUGUGCAUCCGGUUCUCUGGAACAAUUGUGAUUGUGCACCCGGUCCUCUGGAACAAUUGUGAUUGUGCACCCGUUUCUCUGGAACAAUUGUGAUUGUGCACCCAGUCCUCUGGAACACUCGUGGAGCCGUCCGGCAGUGUGCGCCCGGUUCUCUGGAACAAUUGUGAUUGUGCACCCGGUCCUCUGAACACUCGUGAAGCCAUCCGGCAGUGUGCACCCGGUCAUCUGGAGCACGUGUGAAGCUGUCCAGCAGUGAGCACCCGGUCAUCUGGAACACUCGUGAAGCCGUCCGGCGGUGUGCACCAUCAUCUGGAACACUCGUGGAGCUGUCCGGCGGUGUGCACCCUGUCAUCUGGAGCACGUGUGAAGCCGUCCGGCGGCGUGCACCCUGUCAUCUGGAACACUCGUGAAGCCGUCCCGCAGUGUGCGCCCGGUUGUCUGCAUCCAUCAGCUAUGUCCUUCAGCGCCACCAUUCUCUUCUCGCCUCCCAGUGGCAGUGAGGCCAGAUGCUGCUGCUGUGCCUGUAAGAGUGAGACUAGCCAGGGCAGCUCGGGGUCUCAGGGUGGGAAUCCUCCUGCCGGCACCCCUAUCACAGUGACAGGGCACGGCCUGGCGGUGCAGAACUCUGAGCAGCUCCUGCAUAUCAUCUACCAGCGGGUGGACAAGGCGGUGGGUCUGGCUGAGGCAGCCCUGGGUCUUGCUCGGGCCAACAACGAGCUGUUAAAACAGCUCCAGGAAGAAGUGGGCGCGCUGCGGCAGGGGAAAGUGUGCACCGCCGAUGAAGAUGGGGAGAGCCGGGCCCGCAGCCCCCCGCCCGAAGAGCCUGGCCUGCUCAAGGGGAGUCCGGGAGAAGCCUGCAAGACACUGUCUGCCGUGGAGGAGGAGUGUGACAGCGUGGGCAGUGGCGUGCAGGUGGUGAUCGAGGAGCUGCGGCAGCUGGGGGCCGCCUCCACCGUGGGGCAGGGGCCCUUGGGCUUCUUCGCAGCCCCCCAGAGAGAUCUGCGGCUCCCCGGAUGUGCUCUGGCUGCGGUGGAGGGAGCCCCUCUGCUCAACCCCAUGGCGGAUGAUUAUGUGGCUUCUGAGGGUACAAUCCAACGAGUGCUGGUCCCUGCCUAUGCCAAACAGCUUUCACCAGCCACACAGCUGGCUAUCCAGAGGGCAUCCUCAGAAACAGGACCAGAAAAUGGCACCAAGCUACCAGCAGCCCACCCCGAGGACAUGCUUGGUUCGGCGGCACUGGACAGUGCCUUGGAAGAGUCGGGCCCUGGUGGCACUGGGGAGUUGAGCCGUUCCAUGGGAUUUAUGGGCUCCCCAUGCAGAAUCCGAGCAACCGGGCAGAAAAACUCCAGGCGCAAGCGAGAUCUGGUGCUCUCCAAACUGGUCCACAAUGUGCAUAACCACAUCACCAAUGACAAGAGAUUCAAUGGAUCUGAAAGCAUUAAGUCCUCUUGGAAUAUUUCAGUAGUGAAGUUCCUUUUGGAAAAGCUGAAGCAGGAACUGAUGACCAGUCCCCAUAACUACACUGAUAAGGAGCUGAAAGGAGCCUGUGUGGCCUACUUCCUUACCAAGAGGCGAGAGUACCGCAACUCUCUCAACCCUUUCAAAGGCCUGAAGGAAAAAGAAGAGAAGAAACUCCGAAGUCGCCGCUACCGGCUUUUUGCCAACCGAUCCAGCAUCAUGAGGCAUUUCGGACCCGAGGACCAACAGCUGUGGAAGGGCGUGACCGAAGAGCUGAUGUCCGACGAGGAAGACAGUCUUAACGAGCCGGGGGUGUGGGUGGCCCGCUCCCCGCGAUUCCGCUCCCAGCGCCUCACCGAGCUCUGCUACCACCUGGACGCGAACUCAAAGCACGGCACCAAAGCCAACCGUGUGUACGGGCCCCCCUCAGACAGACUGCCUUCCGUGGAAGCCCAGCUCCUUCCCCCCGAACUUUACAAUCCCAAUUUCCAAGAAGAGGAAGGAGGAGGCGGCGGCGGCGGCGGCGGCGAGAAAGGACCCGGGUCCCCGUCCUUCGACCAGCCUCACAAAGCACCCUGCCCCGAUUUGAACUCAUUCAUCGAAAUCAAGGUGGAAAAGGAUGAAUACAAUCUCUAACAAGGGUCACGCUGACGCCUGUCACUCUCCACAUCCCAGAAACAGGUGGCUCAGAAGCACCCUGAGGCGCCUCCUGCAGAUCUGCUUCUCUUAACGUAGGGUUUACUUGAAGUGGAAGCUGGAGACUCUGGUGGGAUGGCAGGGCAGGGGAGUGCCGCCCCCGCCCCGCCCCGCCCUGCCCCAUUGAUAAGCCAGAACAUGCUUAUUCCUAAGCAUAAACCGUGCCUCGGAGGAGCCUGGGAUGAAAAGGGGGGAUGGGUCAAAGAAUCAUGAGGCCUUGAUACAUGUCCCUAUCUCUGACUUUGUUUGUCCCCCCCCUUCCACCCCUCACCCCCACCCCCUUUUCAUUGUACCCACAGCUCAGGAGAAACACUGCGGGUCUUGUGCUGCCCUGGAAGCAGAACAGAUCUGCCCAGGGUAAUACUGCCCCCUGGUGGGAAGUUUCACUCAUGGGCUUUCUCUUCUGAGCAGGGAACUAUGGGCUUACCGCUAUUGGGAAUUAGGGUCUAGAUAUGCUAGUUAUUGUUUGGAUUUUUUUAAUGAUAGCUAUUAUUUGUUGGAUUAUAUGAGAAAAUUUUAUUAUUCCAAUAUUACAUGUGAGGAAAUUAAAACUUAACCAUUUCUCAUGUUGCUGGG